GCUUUCGGGGUUGCCAUGGCAGCGGAGGCCUGCAAAGCGCGGAGGAGCCUGGCGGGGCGAGCGGUGAUCGUGGCUACCCGGCAGGAACACCUGUUCUAAGACCUGGGUGUGCUUUGCCUCUUGAUGGAAUGACACUCAGGGUGGCGACAUGGCGAGUUUGCUGGUUAAUCAAAACUGCAUGGAAAGUUUGCGGAAAGACAUCACUGACCUGCAAGGGACCGUCAUCGGCGUGUUCUCCCGAGCUGGAGCCGUGCGCUAUCCUUCCUGGAAGUUUCCUGACAAGCUGUCCUGUGACCUGGACUUGGUGGCUUUGCUGGAGCAUUACGACUUUGCAGAGAAUGACCCGGAAUUUACCCAGCAUUCCCAUGUGGUUCUUCUGGAACUGGUGAUUGACAGGCUGCUGUUGCUGCUUCAGAGCUUCACAGGAUACACAGAAAACCUAAUCAGCGAACAGGUCGUGCCCCCGUCCAGGGCCCCGGGACCUGGCACGUCUAUUGGGCUGGCUGUGAAGAAGUACUGGAACAGCAUGCUGAGACUGGGGGCCAUCUACCAGCAACUGGUGGCUGAGAAAAAACACAAUAAAGAGGAUGCUUCUGGCCUGAAAUAUUGCUUGCAGGCAGCAAAAGCUGAAAACGAACGCUUAAAAAGCUGCUCCCCGGAGCAUUCAGACUUGGACGUGACUUUACCCAGCUUCCGGUCUUCCCCCUUAACCUUAUCGGCCAGCAGUGGGUUGCCAGACAGUGGUCCUUCCGUCCGCCCUGCAGCAAAGUCCGCCCAUGGCCCCAGCAAGCAUGCCCGGAGCAUCCACUCCCAGACCAUCGAGUCCUCCCUGGUGCCUUGCGAUGCGUGCGAGAGAGCCCAGGCCAGCCUCCAGGAGGUGGGCGACGCCGUUAUCGGCAUCUGCAAGGGCCAGAACCUCCCAUCAUCCCUGAGCAGGUUCCUCAAGAUGGUUGAGGAGACCCUGGGUCGCAAGCCCCUCACGGCCAUGGACAUCCACUACUGGGCCUCCGAGCAGAGGAAGGACCUCUCCCGGAUCAACAAACAUCUCCAGACGCUGAUGGAGCUCAUCAACCCCUUGAAGGAGGAGCUGGAAGAGUCCCAGAAGCAGGAGGAGGAUCUGAAGAAGCAGCUGGAGGCCUUCGAGAGCCGCCUUCAGGAGGAGAAGGAAGCCCAGGAGCAGCGGAGGAGGGAGGCGGAGGCGCUGUUUGAAAGGAGGAACGCGGAGGCCCUGCAGCGGGUGGCCACGCUGGAGAAGGACACGGAGGGCCUCCAAACCAGAGCUGUUUCCUUGGAGAAGGAAGUCUCCACCUUGAAAGAGAGGCUCCAGAUGCAAAAAGACACCAUCCAAGAGCUGGAGCAGGCCAAAAACGAUCUGCUGCAGGAGAUGAGGGUGAAGAUGGUGGACAAGGGCGAAGUGAGCAAACUGAACGACCAGCUGGAGGUCCUGGCUAGCCAGCUGGAGAGCGCCAAGCAGCAGCUGAACUGGGCCAACACUGAGCUCGACAAGGAGAAGGCCACGGUGGAGAGCAUGCUCCGGCACAAAGAGUCCCUCCAGGCCAAGCAAAGAGGUCUCAUGCAGCGGUUGGAUAAUCUGGACCAGGAAUGUGAGCAGCUGAAGAGCAGCCUGGCCGACGAGGAAGACAAGCACUACAGGGCGAAGAAGCGGCUGAAGGAGAUGCAGGAAGAGACGCGGGAGACCCAGCGCCAACUGGAGGCCCAGCAGAAGCUCACCGAGAGGGCCCAGCAGGAAAAGCUGAGCUUAGAGCAGUCGGCGUCUCAGCUGCAGAGGACCGUCUCCGACCUGGGAGACCUAAUCCACGAGAUGAAGGAGCGGGAGACGCUCUUGGUGUCCUUCCCAGACCUCCACAUCCCCGUUGAGACCCAGUUUGAAACCACCGGCGACAUCAUGGAGGACAUGGGGAAGCAGCUCCAGGCCAACAACAUCCGCAUCAGCAUCCUGGAGGAAGAGAACUCGCGGCUCCGGGCUGCUGUGGCCAAAAUGAAGGAGGCAGCGCAACAGGAAGCCACAAAGCUUGUAUCUCCUACCCAGCUGUGGAUCCGGACUACCGCAAAACUCAGUUACGAAGACAGCGAGAGGCAUCCUGGGCAUCCCGUGAUCGCUAGUUCCCAGGGCGCAGCGCUGAGGCCUCCCCCCAGUCGUGCCGGGACAGGAAGCGCAUCCCGAAACAGAGCUCCGAGUAGCCACGCCACCGGCAGAGGCAGCCCCACUUCCCAAAGGACUCCUAGCGGCCAGCGGCCAAAGCCGCCCACGAGGGAGGCUGCCCAGAAGGUGGCAUUCACCUUUGCCUGCGAGGACACGGCUGCCAGCGCCUAUGCCAGGGUGAAAGGCAGGGACAAGGCCCCGGGCCACACUGCCCAUUGCACCCGGAACCACCAGAAAUAAAAGCCCUUGACACGAACAACGGGUUCAGAAGGUUGCUGAGGCCGUCGCCGGGGCCCUGCAACGUAGGAGCGCCUUUGGUGGUAACCCAGGAGAUGGACCACGGGAGAGCAACAGGCUCCCAUUUCCACCCUUCCCACCAUCAUUGCUUUAAUACAGUUGCUGUGGUCAGCUGGCAGAGUUGUCUUUCUGACUGCUCGCCCUCUGCCUGAGCCACGAAGACUUCGCUGGGAUGCAGGGUAGGUACGGAGGGCCGGAGGCUGGAUCUUGCGCAGGGAGGAAUUUGCCAGGGCCUUGGUGGUUCUACGAAGGUCCCCUCGCAUCUUCUGCCUUGCUCUGGACAGAGUGGGGCUCCAAGAGAAGGACUCCUCCUCCUCCUCCACCAUGUUUGGAGUUGGGCUUCAGCGAAAGGUGGCCGCUUUUUCUCUUUGUGUCACUGCCAGAGAAAAAGAGGCCGGAGGGACGCGGGAGGAACUCUUCCCCCCUCAUAUCCAGUCAGCUCUGCACCCCCGUAGAUGCUCACCAGCGCCUGCAUCCUUGGGGGGCUGAGUGAGAUCUGGGGGGGCAGGAGAGUCAAGGGGCUGAGUGAGAUCGGACCACA